CUAUAACAAAUGCUUAAAUCUAUAAGUUUAAAAGAUCUAUUUAAAACGGUAUCCUCCAAUUGAGGAACUACCGACAAUAUAAUCAUUAAAACAAUUUUUGUCCAGUUAAUUGCAUCAUUCCUUUCCUAGCCAUGGCCGCUUGAUUUGGUUUUUCACAUGUAAUUAUAUUGCAAAUUUAUCUCCUUGAUCUUUGGUUUUGAUUGUUUAGUACAAUCGUCCAAUCUUUGCAGAGACCUCUAAUAACAGUAAAGCUUGCCCGUAGGAGCAGUUUGAGGAAGAGUGGAGCUCCAUCUAACACUAAUUCAUAAUUUUCAGAGAUGGCCUCUUCCCCUCAGACCGCACCACCAUCACAUACCAACUCCUCAUCUUCAAAUAACACACAAACCAAUCCAUCACCACCAUCUCCAACCCCUCCGGCCGCCUCGGCACCACCGCCAUCAUCCUCACCACCACCACCAGCCCCUCCAUCCCUAAGCCCGCCGACCACCUCAGCACCACCUCCAUCAUCACCAGGCAGAUCUUCUCCACCCUCACCUCCCGUGCCUCCACCGUCACAACCCCCUCCAACGCCGCCAUCAUCGUCCAAGUCGCCGCCUUCUUCCAGCAAUUCCGCCCCACCUCCCCCGCCAAAACGGCCGGCGAAGCCCUCGCCUUCUACUCCAACCCCUACAUCUGAUGAUAAAAAUGCUAAUUCAAGAAAAUCAUCAGGUGGAUCUGAUUUCAAUUUGCCUCUGGUGGCUGGAGUUGCUGCUGGCAUUGCUCUAUUUAUUCUGAUUAUUGGCAUUACAGCAUGUUUCUGUUGUGGGAAGAAAAAGAAGAAGAGGAAUCAUAACGCAAUGCACUACUACUCAGAUUCUGAUGUUAAAGAACCAGGCAUAGCAAAUACAAAUGUGUCAAAUAUUGCAGGCAGUGAUUACUACAGCAGUGGAGCAGGCCCUCCUCCGAAAUGGCAUAAAGGAGGACCAAAUGCUGCCAUCAAUAUGCCAAUUUCUCAAGGAGUGGCUUGGCAUGCACCUCCUCCCCAUUCCAUGAACAGUGAAGCGAGCAUGGAAUACUCAGGCCCACAUGGACCAGCCUUGCCUCCGCCCUCUCCUGCCCUUGCCCUCGGCUUCAUUAAGAGCACAUUCAGUUAUGAGCAGUUGGCAUCAGCCACAAAUGGAUUCUCUCAUGAAAAUCUAAUAGGACAAGGUGGCUUUGGUUAUGUGUACAAGGGAGUUUUGCCAAACGGGAAAGAAGUUGCUGUGAAACAGCUCAAGGCAGGUAGCGGGCAAGGAGAGAGGGAGUUCCAUGCAGAGGUUGAGAUUAUUAGCAGAGUUCACCAUCGCCAUCUGGUCUCUCUUGUUGGUUACUGCAUUGCUGGCUCUCAACGAUUGCUUGUUUAUGACUUUGUUCCUAACAAGACUCUUGAGUUCCACCUGCAUGGAAAGAACCAGCCAACAAUGAACUGGCCUACCAGAAUGAAGAUUGCUUUAGGAUCAGCGAAAGGCCUUGCCUACUUGCAUGAAGAUUGUCAUCCUCGCAUUAUUCAUCGCGACAUCAAAGCUGCAAACAUUCUUCUGGAUGAUAAAUUCGAAGCUAUGGUUGCAGACUUUGGACUGGCCAAGUUAACUUCGGACAACUACACCCAUGUCUCUACUCGAGUCAUGGGCACAUUUGGAUAUCUGGCUCCUGAAUAUGCAUCCAGUGGCAAGCUUACGGAGAAAUCGGAUGUUUUCUCGUUUGGUGUAAUGCUUCUGGAGCUGAUUACUGGAAAGAAACCAGUAGACAGUGAUGCAAUGGAGGAUAGCUUGGUUGACUGGGCAAGGCCUUUAUUAGCAGAAACAUUAUCUGAGGAGAACUAUGAUGAACUAGCUGAUCCAAGAUUGGAAGGAAAUUUUAGCAAUCUGGAGAUGACACGGAUGGUAGCAUGUGCUGCUGCUAGUGUUCGGCACUCGGCGAAAAGACGCCCCAAGAUGAGCCAGAUUGCUCGAGCACUGGAAGGUGAUUCAUCCCUGGAUGACUUGAAUGAGGGGGUCAAGCCAGGACAAAGUAUGCUCUUCAGUUCGAGUUCAGACCAUGACUCGGGCUCCUAUGCCUCUAACAUCAGUCGUUACAGAAAGGUUGCAUUUGGAAGUAAUGAAAUCAGUCAAGAGUACAGCGUACGAACCAGUGACUAUGGGGUUAACAAUUCAACAUCAAGCAGUUCUGGCGAAGUGAAGUCAGUCAGACCUCGUUCUAACAAAGGUGGUCCAAAGCAGUGAAAAUAAGCAAAAGAAAAAUAAUCAAGAUCAUGGUUUAGAUUUUGACUGAUUCUUAUACAAUAAAAACUUAUAUAAUUUAUAACAGAUUCAAUUCUUUCAAUGUGAAGGUUUUUUUUUUUGGGUGGAUAGAGUGGUGAAAUAGAUUGACGAUUGAGUCUUGGUGUUGGUGUUCUUAUCAGUAUAUCCUAACUAUUGGAGUAAGACUGGCUUCAGGCUUCUAUGAUUCCUGGGAUUGAAUAUUGUUGUUUGUAGCAAGGGCAAGUUGUCCGUUGUUUUGAAAUUAUCACUUCUGUUUCAAUUCAUAUUUAGCCUUCUAAUGUUGUAGGAUGUGAUUCUUAGACGGAAUGGGAAUAAAGGUUGGUUUUCCUGA